AUGUUCUCAUCCCUUCUCCUCAAGCAGAGCACAACUUUCAAGGGAACCGUGAUCCGUGUGAACGAGCCCAUGGGCGUGAUCGGGAUCACCUGCUCGGAGAAGGCCUGCCUACUGAGCAACUUCGUGUCGGCCAUGGCGGUAGCACUGGCGGCCGGCAAUUCAGUGGUUGUGCUCGCCAGCUCGGAGUGGCCGCUUCCUGCACUGCACUUCUGUCAGAUCUUGCAGGCGUCGGACAUACCACCGGGCGUAGUCAACGUCCUGUCGGCCAAGGAGCGGCCAGCGCUGCUGCGCACGCUCGCGGAGCAUCACGACGUCGCCGCCGUCUGGUACUACGGGGAGCAGGACAGCACAGUCGCAUUCCUCAGAUGUGCGGUCUCGCACAAUGACAAACACUGCUGGGUGUUCCCCUUGAGAGACGACCAGGACCGCUACUGGAUGGGCUGGCAGAUCACGCAGCACACAACUGUGCCCAAAAGCAUCUGGCUUCCGUUUGGCGAUACGUUCGCCAACUGAUGGCAAGGGCUGUCGGAAACACAGCUCUCACUCGCACUGCCACGGGAGACCUCGAUUGCAAAAGCUUUGGUUUAAUCUACUUAAUGUGAAUGCAUCAAGCCGCAAUUCAUACUGACACAGACCAGUCUAGCAGUGUAUCCAGUCAACCCUCCAGGAUGUGUCAGAUGCAACGCCACUUGACAUGCCCUCGGCCUAUACCCAUUGCAGUUAAAACUCAAUGUAACGAAGCCAGAUUUUUGGAAGUUCCAAAUCUAAUCAAGACAUUUCCAUUCCCCAGCAUGUACCCAUAAGAUUCACUGUUGUUAUCAACCCAAAUUAACGAAACCAAUUUGGCAGCAAACUCAGCUUAACAAACCUUUUUCCGAAGUGAUUGUGCAAAAACCACUGAUAUCUUUCUAAUAUGGAGGGGUUUUUCUUGAACACUACAGCACUCUAACACUAUCGCAUUAAAGCAUCUACGCACCGUAAUCACGGCUCUAGCUUUACUUUGACGAGGCUGUAUGCUGUGCCCCAUGCAGGGAACAACGGGCUGUGAACUUAGCAGUCUAACGUACCGGACAGCGCUGGGGGCAGCAGUUGCUUUCAUUGUUUGGUGCUGAUCGUCUCCUCCCAACGAACUUGCUCGGUCUGCUCGCACAAUCAUUAGCAAACCAGCAGCCUGUCGUAGAUUCGCAUGCUAACGGGCCUGCAUCGCUCAGACAUGUAGCCUUUCAUGUCCGGAAGGCAUGGGAGGCUUCAUCUUCGGGCAGUCUUUGGGCCGUCCUCCUGGAAUUUCCACACAUGUGGCAUGAGUUAACAACAAAUACAAUGCUGCGGUAGCUCUUCAGUGUCUCUUUGUUACAAUUCUGGAUUUCGAAAGACCAAAAAAUAUCCUUCUCGAUUUUACGAACUUCCCAAUUUAACGAAAUAAUUCGAGCGUGGUGAUCACUCCGUUAACUCAAUGAGUUUCAACUGUAGUGUUUACACAGAACCAAUUGUAGUUUGGCAUGGCAAGACGACUUGAUGCGACUUUUUCAUGUCCGUGUAUUCCUAGCUAGUACUAUCUGGCUAGUACUAUUGCUAGUACUAUUGCUAUUGCUAUUGCUAGUACCUAGCUAGUACUAUUGCCUCCUGCAUGCUGUCAUGAUGUAUUAGUUCAGUUCUAUUCUUUUCCUCUGCUCGGGCCUGGUCAUUGCUCAUGCUACAUAUUGUCCUUUUUUGUUUGUUUAUCUGUUUGUUUUUAUGCCCCUAAACCUCUUGCUUCUGUUUUGAUCCCUGUGUACACUGUUUUGUAAAGGCCAGGGCAUUUCAAGUGACAGUAUUUAGUUUUUACAGCUUAUAUUGCGCUUUAGCCCAGUAAUAUGUUGUGGGGACUUCAUAUGGCCACUCCAGUGCACGUUAAAGAACACCAGAUGGUCUUAAUUUCCGGAGCCCUCCACUACGGUAUCUCUCAUAAUCAUGUUGUGGUUUUGGGACGUAAAACCCCAGAUAUUAUUAAUAUUAUUAUUCAUAUGGCCACUCUUUGAGAUGCAACUUGACAUGCAAUUUCAAAUGGUCCCUGUAGACUGUCAAGAAAAGCUUUGUUGAACGUUGAUGUUGACCGAAGUUUAGACUGCUCAUGUACAGUUGCACAUGUGUUGCUUGUUAUUGCGCCUUCACGCAUUGUGCCUUAUUCGUUCAACUAAUUGCUGAACAAGAUUGUUGAAACACAGUUCUGAACAAUGAUGCAGUACAUCCGACAGUAUGGUAAUGUACUGCGACACCAGAUGGUGCCACUUUUGUGCCAGUCUCGAUAUACCUUCAUUUUUCUAUGUUUCUGGAGGCAAUGCUCACUUGUGACGCUUAGAGGAAUCCAGCCUGUGAUGAAAUUAUUUAUCCAUGCAUGAUGUUGACUUCAAACAGUGUUGAAUAAUUACCAGAAGCCAAAGUUGAGAGGUAAGCAGUCUUUGAAUCAAGGGUAAAUCAAAUGUCUGGUUAAGUCUUGUCUGGUCGGGAAGCAUCACAAAGAAAACACAAGACACAGAGCAAAUGAAAAAAAUUCAGGAGCCCUUCCCGAAUGGGGCAAAUGGGGGCAAGCGAAGCUUGGCGUGUGCAUGCCUGAUGUAUUACUUUUCCUUCCUUCUUUCAUUCUUUUCAUUGCAUUACAAUGCUCCCUCCUAAGUGCUUCCUCCUUGCUGGGUAUAGGGCCUUCAUCCACGUGCAUAGCAGCAUGACACUUAUGUUGCUACAGGCAACAACGACAGUCGUGUUCAUAUCUAGGCAACAUUGAAAUGUGGCAACGUGAAGUCACAAGUGACCUCGAUAAAAGAUCACAGUGCCACAUCAGAAACAGCUGAUUGCCGACAAGUCCACGAUUGAGGGAGUAUCAAUUAUUGAAUAAUGGCGCGGACAUAUACGCAUGUGACCGGCACACCUUCAAGAGCCUCAUUCGUGUACACCUGCGUUUCUGUACACUCGCAGGCACCAAGUUUUUCUGUGGUCGCACCUAGAAUGCCGAUUUGUGAGGUAACACAAGCUUCGCUUGAAAAAAAUAUUGAAAACUUGACUUUACAUAGCACCAAAGCUGUGGUCUCUUUCCUGCAAGUACAAGAAUGAUAUUCAUCUGGGUUGACUGGGAGGCUGCAACAUCGUUCUGCAAGGCAGGUUUACUGACUAUGUUCACAAAGUGUCAUAUGGUUUCUUUAGUAGAAGUGUACUGAAAACGUCAAAAGAAGCAGACGAUGACAAACUGUCACCAUUGUUCAGAAUUUCACUUUGGGAUGUGCUCUCGCGACUGCUUAGGUUGUUGUCAGAAUAUCUAGCAUCUGGUCAGCAUUGUCUCAACAACUUUGGGGCUGUCUCUUCCUAAGUGCAUGCCAGAAGGCAACAGAUUGUAUAGGUUUUCGAAAUUCAUCGAAUUACCCUGAAAAAUGGAUGGCUGCAUCAAGAAAGUACAAAUGACUGAACUACACUCACUAAAAUAUCCCGGUUUCGCUUGCUUUGCAAUAUUUUUAUAGCUAUAAUACAACAAAUAAAUAAAACAACUCCUGUUGCAUGAAGGAAACGAAGGCCCCUCCCCUAACCUCAUCUUGGUAGUUGGUUUAAUCUGAACUGCAAUGAUGGUCAUGUUACGACAGUGUCCACUUCCGAUGUGGAAGGAGCUGGUUUCGUUUCCUAGUGCCUGCGGGGACUCACCGGUUUUUCUGAUGGGGAGAGAGAGGUGCCCCAUCCUGGCGCUCGGUGUCCUCUGUGCUCGUAUCUCGCCAAGGUGGCCUCUCCUUUCCCCUGUCCUGUUUCACUCCCCUGUGCCCUCCCUCAAAUGAUGCUGUGCCAUGCUCCCUUAUUGGUUUCAGAAAUAAUCGUCUUUCCUAUCCUCAAACCACUACCUUAUCCUUCAUUCGUUCAGGGUAAGCCUUAUGUGUGAAGGCUGCAUGAGGACUUUAAGGGCGGGCAUGGCUUUAUGGAGACCAAAAAUAUCGUCACAGAAAAAAAAAAGUUUUUUGUAUUACAUUAUUGAAAUGCGCACCUAUUCUUUUACAUGCAAAGCGUACCUUAAAGGGACGCUAAAGUGAAACAGUAUAUUAGCUUAGACUGAUAAAUUAUACUCUGAAAACUCUAAUGUCAUGAAUUUUGCCACCACAGGUUUAUUCAUACGUGAGAAAACUAGUGUCAAAGGCUUCACUUUUAAAUUUAACGCCGAAAUCACAUAUGGUAAAGUCAUAGAUUUCAAAGUGUUUUCAUAUUUCAGCCAUAUUGGCUCAAUGAAACUCCCUUAAACUAGGUAUAUUAAGCCUCAGGCUACUUCAAAAAACAGUAUACUUAAUUUUUACCAAUUUGGGACUGUCAUGGCAACUGGUGAGGAAAGUUUAAGGUGGCAUCGCCACUCGCAUUUUGUUUUUGCACCUUUUAUUUGCUUACUAAGUGUCUUCUCGCAGCAAGCAUGGUGUUUUGGUAUCCUGAAAGAGGUAGUUUGCUAAUACCAGAAAAAUUGUUUGUCUCUUUAGCAUCCCUUUAAGGUCUUAUAAGAUCGCUGUUUCAUCUGCAGUUUAGAUCUAUGUAAUUAGCGCGUGUUGAAUCUGAAAUGUUCUUGUGUCACUUAUUUUGCUUGUCAGUGAUAUCUCAUGAUCUAGAACAGCUAGAGCUGUAAUUAUUUUUUUAACAUAAAGCCCAAACUGUGUGUCACAAAGUGCUGAGAGCAGAGUUUUCAUUUUCUGCUCAUACAUUUCUUUAAAUUUCAUUUUGUUUUUUCUUUGGGUGUUGUCUUGGUAUGUACAUUUUAAUUUCGAUCAAUUUCAGAAUCGCUAGUUGAGGUUUGAUUUGAUAACUAUUUGCAGCAUUGCACUUAUUGCAUAUUACGAUAUCGAGCUAUCUGAUAAUCUUCAUUUUCUGCUGAACGAAUUUUCUAUCUCCAGAAACAAUAGAAAGGCAGCUUUGUGUAUCUUGUAAAGUAGUUCACCUUCAAGAAAAAAUUAUUGAAUAUUUGAAAUCAGCAUAAAAAACUCAACCAGUCAAUUUAUAGUUUCAUCAGAUUUGGACAUAAAAUACAACAAAAUAUCUCCACACACCAUGUUCCUUAAGGGGACACUAAAGUGAAACAAUUAAUCGGUUCAUAUUGAUAAAUUGCACUCUGAAAACUCUAAUGUCGUUAAUUUCACCACGAUAGGUAUUUAAUAGAGGAGAAAACCAAGGUUAAAAGUUCCAUUUUUAAAUUUUGCACUGAAAUCUCCGUGCAUGAUGUGAUGGAUUUCAAAGCUUAUUGUUCCUAUUUUGACGAUAUUGGCUCAACAAAACUUCCUGAAACUUGGUAUGUUAAGUCUACAACCCCGUCAGAGGACUAUGUACUUCAUUUUUACUGAUUAGGAACUACGAAGGACCUAGUAGUCGCCGUCAAAAUUCAUGACGUCCCGGCCUUCGGUGAGGGAAAUUCAAAGGGGCGUCGCCACCCGCUUUUUCUUUUUGCGCGUUUCGUUGCUUGGCAAGCAUCUUCCCACGAUGAGCUUGGUGAUCUUGGAAUUUCGAAAGAGUAAUUUGCUAAUGCGAAAAAAAAUCUUUUUUCUUUUUAGUGUCCCUUUAAGUGGUUUGCCUCGAGUUCGCACGAACUUCUUUUCAUGACCUAAGGCGUACUGUUUCAUGUCCAAGGCGUUUGCUUUGUCAAAACCCUCACAAGCUAAGAUGGAGGCCAAGGUACAAAAGGCAGAGGGUGAACGGGUAACGACUGAUUUUUAAAGCAAAGCUUUCUUUUUUUUGUGGAAAUAGUGAGGGGUCAUGACACCAGAGAGCUGUGCUGAUAUGGAAUAGAGGGCACCGGAGGAGGCGGUGUCACCUUGCACGUGCGUUCUGUUUCCGGCCUGAGGGUUGACCAGUCUUUCCUUGAAGGCGUGCUUGGGUGCUCCCAUGUGCGCCUUCAACGAAAAGUCGGGUACCUGAAACAAAUAGCACAGAAAACCAGCCUGCAUCUUUGAACUGGUUGCAUUAAAAGGUGCCUUACAGUGUUCACCAAAAGGCUAUCUGAAGGAAACCUGUCAAAUAAACAAAAAAAGCGAAGCAAAAGAAGUGCCACUCUCUGCAAGAGUGACAUCAGUAUGCUGCGUAAUGAAUCUUCGCUGUAACGUAUAUUCCAGCGGGGCACUUUGGAUCUGCUCCCAGUGUUAUGCUUGUGAUUUUUUGCUUUUACACUGUCCUCCAACAGGCUGGGCAUUGGUGCUGAUCGUAUUUCAUAAUUAUGAUCAAAUUUGAGCUGACGACAGAGAUUCUUGAGAGCAAGUGUUUGCAGUGAAAGGAAGAUGGUAGUGUGAUUCCACAUUCUUGCAGGAGCUUGUCGUCGCAUCCAUCUUUACAAUAUCUGCGAAUAUAUAAUAUCAAACUUUUGAAAAGUUCUCUGCAUCAUCAUAUCCAUGACCUCGUUGCAGAUGCAACAGUGCUCAUAUUCAAGAGUGGUUCAUUGUUCAUAUUAAAGGGUGCCAUAAACGUUCCCAGCCAACCAGAACAUAGCUGAACAAUCUCUUUAUGUGUUUUGAGUGUACCCGUAAGUGUGCGCAGCAUUUUCCAUUAGGGGGGGAGGGGGCUGCAAGUUUAACCACUGCCCUGUCCCCCUUUCUGUUGGCCGAAUCCACUUCCCCACUGUGUGCAUGCCUACGAGUGUACCUGUUUUUGAUGCUUCAAUUCCUACAGUAGUAUUAGUAUGGUACAGGUUGCUCUUUGCUAUACUUACAUGUUAGCGUUUCGGUUGGAUUUCUCGUAUCUUGCUGCUUUGUGUCUGUACCUCAUGCCAGUUUUCCCUGACCAAUGUUUUCUCUGUUGUACCUCUCUUGCGUUAUAAGAAUGUGUUUAGUACCUUUUGUAGCUUUUUUCAUUAUAUGCACCAUAAAGGCUAUCCAACCAGAGAAGGCCCUAAGGACUUCAUAUGAACAUCUUUCUUUCUCUUCUUAGUUGUUGGCAGCUAAUUAGUCGUUAAACAGUUUAUGUUGUAGUGUACGCCAGAGAGAACUAAGUUGUCAUGUUUUGUUAUGUAUAAUGCCAACGUCUCCAGAUAUGCAUUCCUUCUUCUGAAGAACUGUUUGAUGAGUAUCAUCGUCCAUUUUCCUGGGACCUGACUUUGCACACGUAGGUUGGAUAAUGAACACUUUUACCUUUAGGAAGAAAAACAUUGUGAAGCUAGGGCCAUGAGGUGGCCUGUCAUCUUCGAGUGUUAUUCAGUAGUGCCAAGAAGCGUAUUUCACUGAGACACACUGUGGUUUUCAGGCACUGUUUGUGUGUUAUAAUAAACAGUUAACG